AUGACCCGGAGCCACUCUGUUAGGCUUCUGUUUUUGAUCAGUUUGGCAUUACAGAUCAUCCACGUGGGAAACAGCUAUCAAAGAGAGAAAUAUAAAGGUAGUAGAGAAGGAAUCAACAGUGCUACAGCUCAGAAGCUCCAGCAGAAGACACUCGAUUGGCCCUUGAAUAAUUUUAGGGAGGAGAACGACAGCGCGGAGGGCUGGAGGCCGCAGGGUUCACUGCCCUACUCGUGGACUUUCCGAGAGCGUGCGCCCCCGCGGCCGCGCUGCUGCCGGAACGGCGGCACCUGCGUGCUGGGCAGCUUCUGCGUAUGCCCUGCUCACUUCACCGGCCGCUACUGCGAGCACGACCAGAGGCACAGCGAAUGCGGCGCGCUGGGGCACGGAGCCUGGACCUUCCGCGGCUGCCGCCUCUGCAGGUGUGUCUUUGCGGCCCUGCACUGCCUCCCGCUCCAGACACCUGGCCGCUGUGACCUGAAAGACUUUCUCGCCUCACACUCUAAUGGACCAAGAACGCGGCUCACGGGGAAUGUUCUCCUCUUCCUGCCCUGCUUCCUCCUGAAUUCCGUGUUCAGCGAAGGGGGAGGCCGCUGACGGGACCGCGCCCGGCCUCGCAGCGUGGCCGAGCGAGGCGGCGCUGCGUGGGGAAGCCGGGCUUGCUUGUCCUGUUGUAUUGUCUAUGUUGUAGGUGAUAGAUUGGUUUCAUUUCUUAUCA